AUGGCGACGAGGAACUACAUGCAAAGUGGAAGCAGUGGGUGGAGCAAGAAUCUUACAAGAGGUAUGACAGGCACAGUGGACUCUCUUUACCCAGCAUCUAAAACAGACAGGUUGGUAUAUCACUUGUUCGAGCACGACAUCCACAUGACCAUGGCGAAGCAUCGCCCGCCACUUAUCAGCUACGCUGAACUUACGCUUAUGUUGCCUGCCUCGAAGACCCUGUGGUUGGCACCUUCAGCAGAGACAUGGCGAAUGCGCUAUCUUGACAUGGACGUCGUCGCCAGCGCUCCCUCACUGCAAACACUUCUGAAAGACGAAGCUGCCAUACACUGUCUUCCUGCCACCAUCGACAUGCAGGUCGCUCACUCAUCCUAUCUGCAUGGCAUUGCUGCUCAGAUUUGGGAGUACGGACAGCAAUCUGCACUGAUGAAUGAGAGCAGCGACGCCGCUUCACAGCUCUGGGCUCGAUCUCGUCAGGAAAAACUGUUGGUAUAUCUUCUCACAUGGUUGAUGAAGCUGACACUGCUCCGCAGAUACCAGUAUCUUCAACGCGAAGACCUUCUACCCAGCAAACAUCCAGCAGUGACCUGUCUUUUCCACCAAUUCUUGCAGAUGUACCUCCACGUCAAUCUCGACCUAAUCACGCGCUUCGCCGGCAAAUGCGGUGAAAGCGCUGCCAACAGCGCCUACACCCACCUCUCACCCUGGAGCCAAACCAAAGAAGCCAGGGUCGCGAUCUGGCAUGCUGGACAAGUAGUACGAGCUGCGCGACAGAUCCCGCCAUACCAGAUCCGCGGCCCAGAUUCCUUCAUGUUGUACCAUGCCAUCAUGGUCCUCUGGACAUACAGCAUGAUGAUGCGCGACUUGGCUAAGAAGACCGGUACUACGACGCCAAUGCGCACACGGCCGAGUUCGCUUCCGGGCAAGGUUAUUUACCUCGAUGAUGCCGCCUCUGAUAAUCAGGCUAGUGUUGUUAAUGCCUUUAUUGCUACGAAUAGCGGCAUACCGUGUCUUCGCAUCAUCUCGACGCACCAACCAGUGGCAUCAGAGUCUGGAGCGGUUGCUCGGCCCGAAAUCUGUAACCUCAAGUUUCCUUCGCAGGUUAUGAAGGUGGGCGUUAUGCUUCUUGAAUCCACACACCCGGAUGUGGAUCGUGAGACUGGGCCGCCUCUUGUAAGGGCGCUUUGUGGAUUAAUGGAAGAACUUGGGGGUCUGAGAUGA